ACCGGCAAGGGUUUAUUCAAACCCAUUUCAAACUUCAUUCCGUAUUUUGCCAAGCUCUUCUCCCCUCUUCAACCUUCGAUCUCUGUCGCUCCCCUUGCUUGAACCGUGUACUUGAAAGGUUCCAUCAUCUCCAUCAAAGCACUUCACAACCCCAUUCUCAGAAUUGAAACCUAGAGUGAGAAUGAAGAACAGAAAGAGGUCUCAUGCUUCUAGUGAGGAUGUCGGGGCUACUGAGGAUAGACACCGGCGGUUACAUGCUUCUAGCCGGCGCGACGAUCAUGCUGCAACCUCUCAGGCGGUGGAGGCUUCAGCUCCAGUUGUUUCUCCGCCGUCUCCCAUGAUUGAGGUUCCUCUGGUUGAUUAUCCGCCGUCUCCCACGGUUGAGAUACCUACAGUUGUUUCUCCGCCCUCUCCCAUGGUUGAGUCAUCAGGCGAGGAGUCCUCAGGCGAGGAGUCUUCCGGCGAGGAGUCAUCAGGCGAGGCCUCAUCCGGCAUGGGAGGAUCUGACGAGGAUAGUAUUCCUCCGCCUACUGUUGAUGCUGAUGUCCUGCCGCCAGAGCAGGGGGAGCAGGGGGCACAGGGUGGCGAGGAGGACCUGAUCCAGAGGUUGCCGCCGUUUCCGGGGGGGCCUAUUGAGCUAUCGCUCCUCACCCAUUAUGCUGAUCACAAGGCUCCCUAGG